AACGAAGGUUGAGGAAGACAAGUCUUGUCGAGGUUAGUGAUGACCCUGUACCCUGCGAUGAUGGAUAUGGGAUCGCAGUCGCUUGAAUUACUUUUGUCUCUCUUUCUCCUCCCAGCAAUCCCUCCAGCUGAACUGUGCGAAAUGGACAAAGGAAGAGAAACGAGGCAAAAAUGAUCGACGACACUUGCGCCUAUGCAUCCAACAUUCGUCACCAUAAAAUGUGUCUCAAACUAACAUUUUCAUGAUAUCAGGCCUUCAUCAAGAUGCAGAUCUUCGUCAAGACCCUCACGGGUAAGACUAUCACCCUUGAGGUGGAGUCCUCGGACACCAUCGACAAUGUCAAGUCCAAGAUCCAGGACAAGGAGGGAAUCCCCCCUGACCAGCAGCGUCUGAUCUUCGCUGGCAAGCAGCUCGAGGACGGCCGUACUCUUUCUGACUACAACAUCCAGAAGGAGUCCACCCUUCACCUCGUGCUCCGCCUGCGUGGUGGUGGUAAGAAGCGUAAGAAGAAGGUCUACACCACCCCCAAGAAGAUCAAGCACAAGCGCAAGAAGACCAAGCUUGCCGUCCUCAAGUACUACAAGGUCGACGGUGAUGGCAAGAUCGAGCGUCUCCGCCGCGAGUGCCCCGCCCCCGAGUGUGGUGCCGGUGUCUUCAUGGCUGCUAUGCACAACCGCCAGUACUGUGGCAAGUGCCACCUCACCUACGUCUUCGACGAGUCCAAAUAAGCGAUCUAAUCUCAGAUCGCUCCGCCUUUCUUGCUACCGGUGAUGCGUAUGGUGUUUAUCUAGGGCAAUUUCGGUGAAUCUAGAUUGGUGGAUCUUCGGCUGAGGUGCAUAGGUUACCCUAGUUCGAUAGGAGGAGCCUUGAAAAUGAAA